AUGGCAGGAAAAGGGAGAACUAUCAAGUCGAGGAAGUUGACGCCUCAAUUCGUUGUUCCGUACCAAAUCAUGAGGAGAAUUGGACAAGAAUCAUAUGAGAUAGCCUUGCCACCUCACUUGGCAAAUCUGCACAACGUCUUCCAUGUAUCACAGCUAAGGAAGUACAUUGCAGAUCCUACUCAUGUGCUGGAGGAGGGUGAUGUUCAGAUGCGCGAGGACCUGACGAUUGGAGUUGGACUGGUGAAAAUUCUAGAUUCUCAAGUCAAACAACUCAGAGGAAAGGAGAUUCGAACGGUGAAGGUUCUCUAG